CGCAGCAGAGCGAAAUUUAACGGAUUGGUUUUGCCGCUUUAAUUGUGAGUGUGGGAUCCGACACAACCGCUUCGCACAGGGGAAUUUUGAUUUGCUACGGAUUUCCCCAUUGAUUGGAGCCCUAGAAACCAUUAAUUUGCUGUGAUUUCGAUUCUGCCGCCGGGAUGGGACGUUCACGCGCCGCCUCUCAGCCCACCGCGGAUGACCCUGGACAAAGUCGGUCAAAGAGAAAACGCACAGCUCAAAAUGUGGAGAAUACAGAUAGUGCACCUCCUGUUCCAGGAAUUACUGAUGGAAAGAAGGCUUUAUACCAUUGUAACUACUGCAACAAAGACAUUUCUGGAAAGACUCGGAUCAAGUGUGUUGUAUGUUCUGACUUCGACCUCUGUGUUGAAUGCUUUUCUGUUGGCGCUGAGGUCUUUCCUCACAAAAGCAGCCAUCUUUAUAGAGUUAUGGAUAACUUAGCAUUUCCCCUUAUAUGUCCUGACUGGAAUGCAGAUGAGGAGAUGUUACUUCUGGAGGGCAUUGAAAUGUAUGGACUAGCAAACUGGAGCGAAGUGGCAGAACAUGUUGGAACCAAAAGUAGAUCACAAUGUAUUGAACACUACAACAGGGUGUACAUGAAUUCCCCAUGCUUCCCUCUUCCGGACAUGUCCCAUGUGAUGGGGAAGAAUAAAGAGGAACUCCUUGCAAUGGCCAAAGAAAACGAUGAAACUAAGAAAGGAGCUACUAUGUCUGGAGAAGUUGAUGGGAAAGAAGCGUCACCUUUUGCUGCAAGAAUCAAAAUGGAAGAUCAAAAGAAAGAAGGUCAAACAGCACGUUCUUCCUCAAGCAUCUCUUCUGAGGCAGGCACUAUUGCAGGUUCCAGCGGUGCUAAAAUGGCAACAGGGGCCGGUAAGAGGACAUCUGAGAAAGCCCUCAGCAAGGAUGGUCUGAACGUUCCUAAAGUGGAAGAGCUUCACUUGGACCGGAGCAUUGGUGAGAAGAAACCGAGGACAUCUGAUAAUGAGGGUGUUUCAAUGAAAGAAUUGAGUGGAUACAAUUCUAAGAGGCAAGAGUUCGAAAUUGAGUAUGACAAUGAUGCUGAGCAGUUACUGGCCGAUAUGGAAUUCAAGGAGACUGAUACUGAUGCUGAGCGUGAACUGAAAAUACGAAUUUUGCAUAUAUAUUCAAAACGGCUUGAUGAAAGGAAACGUAGGAAGGACUUCAUUCUGGAAAGAAAUUUACUAUAUCCCGAUCCUUUCGAGAGGGACCUUACAAUGGAAGAGAAGGAACUGUGCCAUCGGUAUCGAGUAUUCAUGCGAUUUCACUCCAAAGAGGAGCAUGAUGAGUUGCUGAGGAGUGUUGUCGAGGAGCAGAGAAUUUUGAAGAGAAUAGAAGAUCUUCAGGAAGCUCGAGCUGCUGGUUGCCGCACAGCUUGUGAGGCCGAGAGAUUCAUUGAACAGAAAAUGAAGAGGGAAUUUGAGGAAAAUGCCCGUCGAGUGAAGGAAAGUUCUCAGGCUGGCACUGGUGGCAAAUAUUUGCAGAGGAUCAAUCAUCAGAAAGGAGAUCAGGAUACUAAUAGCCCCAGGGGCGGGAACAAGAGCCCAUCUGUAUUAGAUCCUGUUGGAAAGGAGUCCUCAUCAAAUCGUAGAGGAUUCACUGGUUUCGAUGCCUCUGAUAAGUGGGAUGUGAGUGGGUUUAUAGGAGCUGAUAUACUCUCUGAAGCUGAGAAACAGCUAUGUGUGGAGAUUAGAAUCUUACCAGCACACUACCUCAACAUGCUGCAGACCAUGUCAAUGAGGAUUUUAAGUGGAAACUUAACCAAGAAAGCCGAUGCGCAUGUCCUGUUUAACGUUGAUCCUGGCAAGGUUGAUAAGGUAUACGAUAUGCUUAUAAAAAAGGGGAUUGCUCAGGUAUAAAUCACACACACCUGUCCUUUGGUUCUCUGCCUGUUGAAGUAUUACAUCUACCUCCAACUAUAAGUGACUUGAGAGAUCUGUAAGUGGUUUGGUAUGGGAGGAAAAAGAUGGGCUAAUGUAGUUUUUUAUCUAUGCAUAUAACAGAAAAUAGUGAAUCCAUUCUCCACCAAGUUGCCAUUAUAUGGUUGUAUUAUCUUACACAAUAAAUACUUGCUAUGUAACUGGUUGUAUUUAGAGAGGGUAUGCUAGUGCUGUAUAUAAAACAGCAACUAAGAUGGAUGUUGGAUGAUUGUUUAGAACCCAAAAAACUUUAUUUCAUAUUUUAAGUAUUUUUUUCA